AGGUGUUCUAUUCUUUUUGCCUUGCCCUCAUCUCGCUACAGCUCGGCUCAUUGUCGGAGAGCGCUCCAGCGCGCAGACUCCCGACGCCGGGCAACAUCGAGCAGAUUGCGGCAAUUUACAGGCGAGACCUUCCGGCUCAUCAUCAUCAGCGGCAUAAUCCUGCACCUCCCCCUCGUCUUCAUCCUCCUGAAAUGCGUCACUGUGCUCACACAUGCACAACAGCGCCGAGCGGUCCCCACACUGACUUUGACGCCAGGUGAGCGCAUGCGCGGCCCGGCUUCCCCGCCCUGAGCGCCCAACUUCUCGCACACGCAGCACCGAGGCUCCCGCGUGGCGGAUGACGCUCCCGAGCUGCGUGUCUUCGCCGGCUCCUCGGCGCACGGGCCCGAGCGUCAACGGUACAUGCACGGAGCAGAUGAGCAACGCGGAGCAGCUGAGCACGGCGGAGCAGCCGAGCGGCGCCGCCGCCUUCCCCCCGCUCUCGUCUAUACUGGCCCUGCUGGUGCUGGCGGCCGCGCUGGCGGGCGUCAUGCUCGUCUCCGUGGCCACCUUCCACUUCCACAAGAGGAGGCUGAGGAAGCGGAAGAUCCAGAGGGCGCAGGAGGAGUAUGAGCGCGACAGUCGCAGGGCAGCCGCCGCGACUGCCGCCGCGCGGCCGUGUGUCAUCGCGCGCCCGGCACGGUGCGCCGCGCACCGGGAGGACGAGGAGGCGGAGGCAGUAGAGGAGCAGCAGGAGCACGGCGGAGCCCCCGCCGACUGCUAAACCCGGGGAACCCGACUGUGGACCAAACGGGAAAAAGCAAUAAGGCACAAGGAACCCUCAUCCAUCCCCGCCGCCGCCGCUUGCUGUUGACUCUCAUACGGAAUCUUGAGCAUAGCAGGCCUGGAGGACACACACACAUAUACACGCACGCAUGCGCGCGCGCACACACACAUACUUGAGCAGUGAUUCCCAGCCUUGAUGGAGCCAAGAAACAUUCAGUUGGAUCCCUGGCGCGACCAUGCACGCUCGCAUCUCCUGUUCUUUGAGGCUGUGGAUGCGUGUCACUCGUUUGGAUUUGGGUGCCGCAGAAGCAAAAAACUCACACUCGCGCCCAAAAGUGCAUGUGAGAGCAUUUCAUUGUUUUGCCCGUCCUAUUUAGGCAAGGAAUCAUUUCCUGCGUGAGUGGUCGUUGAGAAUCACUGCGCUGGAGCAGGUGUGUCCACUCGGAGCUGCUUAGUAGCUUGCUUUUCAGGGCCGCAGCGUGGAGUUGCUCAUUAGACGUCUGCUAAAGCGCUGCUAAGAAUUGCUUUAAUAAAAAAAUAAAAAAUAAAAAAAGUCAUUGACAGCACCCAUUUUUAAACAAAUGCCUAUCUCAAGCCAGAUCCAAAUGAGGAUAAAACAGUUGAUCAAUUUGUAAAAUGUUAAAAUGUGUGCUCACAAGCAGCAAAGACUUUCUGAAACAAUUAGCUCUUCCCGUCGGGUGCGCAAAGCUCAUCCCUCAUUCAAGAAGUGUCAUCCCUCAUUCACCAAGUGUCAUUGCUUGCAUGCUUAACCCCAAUUACGGCAGUUUAAGGCAUUUUGUUCUCAGGCCAAAACAUUGAUUUGAGCCCAUUUAGUGCUGUGCAAUUAAGUGGAGGCCAAGGUAAUUGCUCUGCUGCCAUCUUGUCAAUGAACUACUAUAUUGAUGUGGAGGAGUUUAAUUUAGACAAAAGCAAUGCUUUGUCGCCAUCUCGGGGGCAUCUAUCGGCAACUAUAAAAGCUUUUUCGGAGGAGUGACAAUGACUUGUAGAGUAUCGUGGGGACUCAAAAUAUUUGAGCCGUCUAUUUUUGUACAUAGAAAGGGCCGAAACAAGGACGUUAGCAAGCAGGAGAACAAGAAAAGGAACAAAAACUUGCAAAAGUGAGAAGUCAAGCUGAGACGUGCUUCUCAACACGGAAUUGGCCUUAGCGUUAAAAGGGAGAAGCAUCUCUUCAGAUUGGUGCCCUCUGUGAAAUCGCACCUCGAACCCCCCCCCCCCCCCCCCCUUGGAGACACCUGCUCUGGAGUGCUCCGCCUCUCCCGGGACCUCCUCCUCCCGCUCACCUGUCAAGCAUCUCCAAACUCAAUUGGAACCCGUCUCUAGGAUGUGAAUUGUACACACGUAGCAAUGUGACACGCGCCUACGGCUUAGCUCGCUCAACUUUCUCGGCUUGUCCCUUAGCGGUACCUAUGUGGUUAGCCUCUUGAUAUAUGUUGUGGUGCUGUGGGGCAGUGCAAAAUCUGCCCAUAUUAAACUGGCGGUGGUUUCUUGGUCCGGCCGCCGUAUUUCUCCCUGGGUUCAACUCGAGAGACUCGGAGUGCUCCAACGUUCGUUUAGGUGAUUUAAAUCUAUUUACGCGAGAAUUUUUGGCUGUUAUGCGCAUAAGACCCUCAUGUUUUCCUUCUCCCGUGGUAACGUAUUAGUGCGACAUUAAGUGGAGCUGUUGUGAUCCUCCCUUGAGCAGCACUUCUUUCUCCACAGUAACUUCUUCCAGAGGGCCCACAGACGGAGAGUCGUGGAUUCCAUCGAUAUGACAUUGUGAAAAUUGUUUUCUGUAAUCUCCCUUUUACGAGAAAUACGCUGUAUGUAGUAUUUGGAGUUUCUAAAUAAAGG